AUGGUAAGUUUAAGGAGGCGCAGACUUUUGGGACUAUGCUCAGGAAGCAGUUCCUUUGUUUCCCCUCUUCCUCUAUAUUGCGAGAAUCUAACUGGUUCUGUAAAUUCGUCAUGGCAUGCUAAACCAAAGACUGAACAGCCUAUGCUUUCGGAUAACGCAAGCAUCCCGGACUGUAAUACCGUUGUGCAAGAAGAACCGGAUUCAUCGAAUAUUUCUGGUUCAAGCUCUUCCAAAGAUCAGACUAUUCAACAAACCCUUGCAGCUCCUCCUGUCAAACGUAGGAAGCGACAUAGGAGAAAGACUUUGCAUAGUCAGGAUGCUUCCAUGAGAGGUGUCUACUUCAAAAAUAUGAAGUGGCAGGCAGCGAUAAAAGUCGACAAGAAACAGAUUCACCUAGGGACUGUUGGAUCACAAGAAGAAGCUGCUCAUUUAUAUGACAGGGCUGCUUUCAUGUGUGGGAGAGAGCCCAAUUUCGACCUUCCGGAGGAAGAGAAGCAGGAGCUACGCAAAUUCAAAUGGGAUGAUUUCUUAGCGAUGACUCGACAAGCAAUCACGCGAAAAAAGCACAAGAGAAGUCUUGAGCUGCAAAAUGAAGAUUGGGAAAGUAAGCAAGGAGUAAGUGGUUUCUCUACAUAUGAAGAUGCAGAGCAGGAAACAUCAGGCUCUUGA